ACCAGAAGAUCUCUCUCCUAUCUUCCUCGGCCCUUCUUCUAUCUUCCGUUCUCUUUCCGACUCCGAGUUCCGACUAUUUCCGCUGGAGGCUGGAGGCUGGAGGCUGGAGGCUGGAGGCUGGAGGCUGGACUGACUGAUACGCUCCAGAAACAGGAGGGAUUAGGGAACAGAAGUUGUUGUUUCCAUCGGCCGGCCGCUGAGAGUGAUAGUGAUAGUGGUGGUGCAGCCGUGGAGCAAGGAGGCAGGGGCAAUAGGCAGCCAUGCCAUUGGAGGUGCUUAACGCACUUGAUGCAGCGAAAACACAAUGGUACCACUUCACCGCCAUUGUGAUCGCCGGUAUGGGCUUCUUCACGGAUGCCUAUGACCUCUUCUGCAUCUCACUUGUCACCAAGUUGCUGGGUCGCAUUUACUAUCACGUUGAUGGCGCAACGAAGCCGGGAACUUUGCCUCCUAACGUGGCCGCCGCUGUUAACGGUGUCGCCUUCUGCGGUACCCUUUCUGGCCAGCUCUUCUUUGGGUGGCUGGGUGACAAGAUGGGCCGUAAGCGUGUCUACGGUCUCACCCUUGUUCUCAUGGUGGUCUGUUCCAUAGCCUCGGGGCUUUCCUUCGGUCACGAACCAAAAGGUGUCAUUGCCACGCUCUGUUUCUUCCGCUUCUGGCUCGGCUUCGGGGUUGGCGGUGACUACCCACUGUCCGCCACCAUCAUGUCUGAGUAUGCCAACAAGAAGACUCGUGGUGCUUUCAUUGCUGCCGUGUUUGCCAUGCAGGGCUUUGGAAUUUUAGCUGGUGGGAUUGUAGCAAUCAUCGUCUCCGCCGCUUUCAAGGCCAAGUACCCAGCCCCGGCUUACGAAGUGAAUGCACUUGCCUCAACUGUCCCACAGGCUGAUUACAUAUGGCGUAUUAUUGUGAUGUUCGGUGCGCUACCGGCGGGGUUGACAUACUACUGGCGUAUGAAGAUGCCUGAGACUGCUCGUUACACUGCCCUCGUUGCCAUGAACGCAAAAAGGGCCGCCGCAGACAUGUCCAAGGUUCUACAGGUUGAAAUCGUCGCUGAACAGGAGAAGGUCGAGCAACUGGCGCAGGACCGAGGCUACCAGUUUGGUUUGUUCUCUAAGGAAUUCCUUCGUCGCCACGGUCUCCAUUUGCUCGGAACCACCAGUACUUGGUUCUUGCUGGACAUUGCGUUUUACAGUCAGAAUCUGUUCCAGAAGGACAUAUUUAGCGCAAUUGGGUGGAUUCCCCCAGCAAAGACGAUGAAUGCGAUAGAAGAAGUGUUUAAAAUUGCGAGGGCUCAGACGCUGAUUGCACUGUGUAGUACAGUUCCCGGGUACUGGUUUACGGUGGCACUGAUUGACUACAUGGGGAGGUUUGCAAUUCAAUUGAUGGGUUUCUUCUUCAUGACGGUAUUCAUGUUUGCCCUUGCCUUUCCUUACGACCAUUGGACUAAGAAGGAUAACCGGAUAGGGUUCGUGAUAAUGUACUCGCUCACAUUCUUCUUUGCCAACUUCGGUCCAAACGCGACCACAUUCAUCGUGCCCGCGGAGAUAUUCCCAGCCAGGCUAAGGUCAACAUGUCACGGCAUAUCGGCAGCAUCGGGCAAGGCAGGGGCCAUCGUCGGGGCGUUUGGUUUCUUGUACGCGGCACAGAACAAGGACAAGACGAAGACGGACGCCGGGUACCCACCUGGUAUCGGGGUCAAGAAUUCACUCAUCAUGUUGGGGGUCAUCAACUUCCUCGGUAUGAUAUUCACUUUGCUGGUGCCAGAAGGCAAGGGCAAGUCACUGGAAGAGAUUUCAGGUGAGAACGAUGAAGAACAGGAGCAGCAGCGGGGACCUCCUAAUAACACCACCACCGCCACCCUUCACGUUUAAUUAGCACCUGCUGGCUAUAUGCUAAUUCGAUCAUGUUCUCUCGUUUCUUGUUGGUGUGUGCUUAAUUAAUCAUACAUGUUCUCUCGUUUCUUGUUGGCUUUGUGCUUGUAUUUUCUAGCUAUUUGUUUCAUUCUCUGUCUAUUAAUUAUUGAGAUGACGUACGAUAUAUCCAGUCGAGAGGGUUCAGAACUACAGUACUUUAUGAUUUCAUCAUCACAUUGUUUAUUGCAUUUUUCAUAUAAUAAACUGAAAACUCUGUUGGUUGGUUGCU